AUGGCCGGACGCAGAUUUGCUACUUUCGGUGGCCUCGCUGCCGUCGGCGCGGGUACCUACUACCUCUACAGCGCUGGAGGCGACCCAAAGCUUGCCGAGAAGAAGUUCGAGCACGAUGCCGCCAGCGCCACAAGGAGAGUCCGCGGUGACUUCCCUGGUCAGGACAAGGAGGCCAAGAAGGCCGGAGAGGAGGGAUACGAGGCCGUUCGCGCAACUGCACAGGACUACGCCAACCGCGCCAGCGCCGAGGCAAAGAAGGCCGAGGCAGACCUAAGGGCAUAUGGUCAACAAGCACAGAACAGGGCCCAGGAGGUCAGUCGCGAGGCACAGAGCAAGGCUCAAGAGUAUAGCGCCGAAGCCCAGGCAAAGUACAACAAGCUCAGCGUUGAGGCAAAGAAGAAGUGGGACGAGGCCAAGGCGCGGGGUGAGGAGUACACUCGCGAGACCAGCAAGGACUUCAACGCUGCCGUUGACCGGUUCGACCGUGAAGUCACCAAGGAUGCUGCACAGGCCAAGAGCUGGCUGGGCUCCUGGUUCGGUGGCAAGUAA